AGAGCCUUGAGUGAGGAAUGUGCCAAUGGAGACUGGGGUUGGGGGCCGAGAAAGAGGCACCAAGACAAAGGUGGAUCCCGGGGGGAGGGACUCCAGAAAAGGUUUUAGGUCCUCCAGGGGGCAACCCCAUAGAGUUGAAGCCCUAAAAGAAGGGGUCCAAAGACUUUUGUAGGCCCGAGGAAGGGCAUUAAGAGAGGUUGAGAGAGAGUUGGAGCUUUUAAGGAAGUGCAUCAAGACAUGGUUCACCUGGUUAGAGAUGAUGCACCCCUUCUUCUUGAUAAUUCUCCUGGGACUCCCAUGGGUGCACACCACUGUCAACAAUACCAGUGGGUUGGACAACAGUACCAGUGGGUUAGACAUGGUCAUCAAACCUAGGCAAGAAGUAUUUCAAUGCUAUUUGUGUGCAGCCACAAACACCUUCAACUGCCUACAAAUGCAUACCUGUGUGGGUAAUAGCAGACGCUGUGCAGUAAUUGCCAUACGUAUGGACUCUCGUCAGCUCCUAGUCUACAAGAACUGUGUAGAGGACUGCUCGUUUGCGCUUAUUCAGCCUCCACCAACCCCUAGAAAGCUUCCACCAACCACUUACUUCUACUAUACCCAGUGCUGCUCUGGUUAUCUUUGCAAUGAAGGAGGACCUUCUAAUAUAGAGAGGGACUUGUCACCCCCUGUUGUGAUUGAGGAAGGGCUAAUUGCAAGAGCUGUGUGUCUGGGCGAGUUCAACCUUCUCCUGAACAUUUCCUUAAUCCUCUCCAGCAGCAUACUGAUCUGAGAGCCCCCCCCCCUUGGGGUAAACCCAUCUUCCCACAGCUGAAAGCAACUUUGUUCUUUGUUGCUUCCUUGUGAAGCAGAGACUGUGUUCAGGGCAUCUGGUGGGCCCCUUCAUAGCUUGUUGUAGGAAAGAAAUAAAGACAUUGUUGAAAAUGU